AUGCACAUUAUCUUUCAUGUAUUAUUAAUCGUUGCUAUAUUUACAUUUAGUAUCCAUUGUCAAGGCGGUGGAGGUGAUGAUUAUGACGAUGAUGAUUAUGACAGUGGUGAUCAUGAUAGUGAUGAUGAUUACAGUGUUGUUAUAGUUGGUCUUUUAAUCUUUAUAUUUGAUAACGAGAUCAUUCUUCUCCUUUGGAAUACAUUAAUAAAAAUAUUAAAUGAAAAUUAUACUGUUAUAGUUUCAUUAGUAGGUGCAUCUCUUGCAAUAUAUAUUAUCGUAUUAAUACGCAAUUGGGUUCUAUCCGAUGAUACAUCACACUUGUCAAAUGUAACAUUCGUUAAUGAAGUUGAUUCAACUGACAAUGAGACUAAUGUGAAGAGCUCGGACAGUCUUUUUUCAUCAGGUCAAUGGAUAAGUCGUUAUUUUCAAUAUAAACAAUGGCAUGGACCUCAUCUUUUUUCACUUUUCUUUAACCACAAACAACAAAAAGUGACAGGUUCAGGGGAAGACGAUGUUGGUGAAUUUUCUAUCGAUGGUAUAUAUUCGCUUAAUACUCGUCGAAUUGCUCUCACGAAAAAAUAUCAAAAAGGUACAGGAAAUUCAUCACAGAAUUUGGGACAUACAGUGAACAUCCAACUUAAAUGGGAUUCCCAAAAGCAAUUAUUCCAUGGUAAAUGGUAUGUCAAAACGAAGAAAUAUCAAGGUGAAGACAAAUUUGAACUUCAAUUUGAUCAAUCAACGACAGUUGUUGAUAAACAAUAA